CCGUAUGACUCCUUCUGAACAUAAUUUCACAUGAAUAUGUAUUACGAACAGAAUAUGCUUUGCUGACUCUUUCCAAAUUGGGUGACGUAUUUCAUAGACGACCGUAAAACGUGAAUGUGAGGGAAGACAACCGAUGGUGUAUGUAUGUGAUAUGCACUGAAACGGCUCAGCUGAACGCCUCGCCUAUACCUACGAGAGAAGAAUCAAAUCAUAUCAUCUAAAAUAUAAAUAGACGCGGUUUUGUCGUACUCCAGUAAAUAAAUCCUGGAGUCCAAUCAGACCGAACCGGCAAACGCGUAGUUACUUCUUGUGCGUAUCCCAAUCCAAUCACCUUCCUGUUUCCCUGGAUGCUGUGACUGGAGUGUUCAAAAUCGGAAAUUCAUUCGGCGACGAAACCGCUAUCCAAAAAUAGCACCUUAAUUCACCCAAUUUAUAAUAUCGAUUCAUAUCGUCGAAUCAGAUUAACCAACAUGAUGGCGCAAUCUUCGGCAAACGACAAAUGUUUGAACAUCACAACCCUGGACGCGAAGGACAUCCGUUGGCCAACUUCUCUCGGGGCCCACGGAUCGGACGCGAUGCAUACGGAUCCAGAUUAUUCCUGCGUCUACGUGACGAUCCACACCGCCGAAGGGAUCCGAGGCUACGGAAUGACUUUCACGUUGGGUCGCGGAACGGAUAUCGUCUUGAUGGCGGUGAAAGCAAUGAAACGAUUCGUUGAAAACCGUACCACCGCGAGCAUUUAUCAAAACUUUGCUAAAUUUUGGCGCGAAAUUACCAGUGAAUCGCAGCUACGAUGGAUCGGACCGGAGAAAGGCGUAACCCAUCUCGCAGUCGCUGCAAUAGUGAACGCUUUGUGGGAUCUGUGGGGAAAGAUUCGUGCAGUUCCGGUUUGGCGAUUGCUGACAGAAAUGGAACCGGAGGAACUAGUAUCCACAAUUGAUUUUCGAUACAUAACUGAUGCUAUUACACCGGAGGAAGUGAUAGACAUAUUACGGAAAAAUAAAACGUUACGCAAAACCAAGACCGAAGAUCUGAUCGAAAAUGGCUAUCCUGCUUAUACAACUCAAGUUGGUUGGCUGGGUUACAGUGAUGAUCUGAUUCGAUCAUUGUGCAAGAAAUAUCUCCGGGCAGGAUUCACAGCGUUCAAAAUCAAGGUUGGUCAAGACCUGGAAAACGACAUCAAACGGUGCAAGUUGGUGAGAGAGGAGAUUGGUUGGGAUAAUAAGUUGAUGGUCGAUGCCAACCAAAUAUGGGACGUGAACACUGCUAUCGAAUGGAUGGAAAAGCUAAAGGAUUUCCAACUGUUGUGGAUAGAGGAGCCCACUUCCCCAGAUGAUGUUUUGGGACACAAGAAAAUAGCGGAAGCUUUGAAAAAAUACAAUAUUGGAGUAGCUACAGGAGAAAUGUGUUGUAAUCGGGUUUUGUUCAAACAGUUUUUACAAGCAAAUGCAUUGGAGUUCUGCCAGAUUGAUUCCGCUCGGAUUGGUGGCGUUAACGAAAUUUUGUCAGUUUAUCUAAUGGCUAAAAAGUUUGGCGUGAAAGUUUGCCCCCACGCAGGUGGCGUUGGUUUAUGUGAGAUGGUACAGCAUCUUCAGAUGUGGGACUACACGUCUGUGUCAUGCAGCAAACAGGAGCGUAUGGUGGAGUUCGUCGAUCAGCAACAUGAGCAAUUUCUACAUCCUGCGGUCAUCAAUGAAAAUGCAUGCUAUGCAGCUCCGACUGCUCCCGGGUACUCCACCGAGCUGAAGCCGGAGGCUGUUUCAAUGUUUGAGUAUCCAGGUGGAUCCGAGUGGCAGAGAAUGUUUGCUGAAGAAAUUUUCAAAAAUGAAUGAGAUAUUUCAAAUAUUUGUGUUUUUUUUUUAUACAUUCAUUUGGUUAUCAUUCGAAAAUUUCAUAACGCUGAAGGGGGUGGAAGAGUGUCAUUUAGAUGAAGAAUAUUCUCGGAAAAUACAUUAGGAAAGGGGAAGCGUGUAGAUUA